UGCCGGAAAGUGUGAGCCCGAAUACGGGUGCUUUGAAAAAAAAAAUAACCUUCUUCAACGAAUUGAGCGGAACCAAAAUAUUCGUGAGAAAGCUCUCGCCAGCAGCGAUCGAAUAAGACUAUCCACAGCGCGGGGUUUUCGUUUUUGAGAAAGAUAUGGCUCCAUUACCAUCAAUGCAGAAGGCACUUCAUCCCACAAGAAUCGCCAUAUCUCGAUAACUACGGCGAACCCCGCGAAAAAAAUUGCAGAUUUGAAAAGCUCUCUUUCAGAAGUAUUUUACUGCGGCGGAAUCAUCCCCGAGCGUGGUGAAGAAGAACUUAAAAAAAAUCAGAACCAACAUUUUCAAAUUUUUCGCCCACAUCAGCCCCAACGGCUGCCACACAUGAAGAAUUCGCGGUCCACGCCCAUGGCUUUUAAGCUGCGCGACAAGCCUUUGGCGACCAUACUAGCAACCUUGGCUCAACGUGGUGGUGAGCUGGUCAGUGUGCGUCAGGAGAAGAGUCCAAAGAAGUAUCGUGUGGAACUGACGGCGCACGUGCAUGGAUCCGAACAGCGCUGGUGCAGCCCAUACAUCAAGUGUCCGAAAGGCAGAAACACGGGUCGCGACUGGGCGGCCGAGGACCGGUUUGCUGCUACCUGGCGGCCAUCCUUCUCUAGCGGCAACGUUCCCCACACUGAUGCAAGUGCAGGCGAAGCCGAAGCUGCGCCUCCCCGAGAAAAGCGGCCGCGGGACUGUCGGCAUGCUGCGGCAUCCACGGAGGACGCACCGGCUGCAAAGGUCGGCGGAGCACGCCCUGGAUCAGGCAGGCCAAAGGGAAGCUACGGCUGGAAGAGGGUUCGCGAGGCUGCGCAACAGCUCAAUGAUUAUAUCGAGCGAGGACAGCCCCAUUGUGCGCUGAUAGCCUCGCGCGAUCUUCCUGGAGAUAUGUUGGACGCAGUGAAGGAGGUGCACCAGCACCAAGAGGUCUGGGGACCAGCGUUCCUCAAGCGCCAGAGCAACAGGGGUGUGGGCAGGAAGGAGGCUCUUCGCAAGCUGGCGAAGCAUCGAUCGCAGCUGGAAAAGGCCGCCGCAGCAUCCGCUGCAUGUAGAUCGGGCUGGGAGCGGGGACAGGACUAUUUCCGCGCCGUCAUCAAGGAAUGCCAAUCCGCUGUGGCAGCCACGUCUGCUGGACUCAAUGAGUCUGUUCUCGUCUCGCACGCGCAAGCCGGCAGCCUGCAGUUCAAGGCCUUGGCUCUGAAAGCAGUGUACCACAAGCUGCUCAAGGGGGCGCCCAAGAGGCAAGCUUUCGAGGACACCGCGGAGUUUUUUGAAGUGGCGGACAGCACCCUCCGUGAGUGGGAGCUUUCCUACCGCACCAAGGGCCAUAUCCAGUACUGCUAUGGACCAGAAGGGGAAACACGAACGGCCGCAACUCGCAUGAACGCUGGGUACGGGGGGGUGAGGAAGGGUGCCCAGCUAGCUGCCCAGAACGCUACCACCCUGCUGGCAGACACGCCCAAGCUCAAGAAAGGGACGGUGCAGCACCUCACCUUUCAGGAGGGCGAGUGUCCUUUCUACGACCCGGAUGCCACCGAUCACAUUGGCAAGGUCAAGGGGCUAAAGCAAAUCCUGUUUGAGAGGGGGCUCUGGAAUGCGGACAUGAGCAUGAAAGGGAUCAGGAAAGGCCAACAGGAGUAUGACCCAGCGUUGUGUAUGCCGGCGGUGUUGGGUGCGCAGGAGGACUUCGCGAACGUCGAGCCUAGCCUAAUGGUGUUGGUGAAGCGCCAUGGAGGAGUAGCAAUUAUGCUCCCCAAGUUCCACUGCGAGAUCAACCCGAUAGAGCUUGUGUGGGGUAGAUCCAAGUAUUGGGUCCGGAAGCACUGCAAGUACACCAUCGCGUGCCUGCGGACCAACGUUUCUAAGAGCUACGCGGUGGCCGAAGACCGCCUGAGUCUAGCGAUUGUGCAAAAGUUCUGCAGGACGGUGGCCAACUUCAACGAGGUGUACCGCGACGGACUCAAGGGCGCGGAAGCAGUACAGAAGAGGGACACCUUCAAGUCUCACCGCAAGCCGGCUCCGUCAGAGUACAUUAAUCCCAAGUGAUGUACACGUUAUUCUGUAUUGUGGUGUUGAAGCGUACGUACGUAAGAUGUCCAUAUGGGUGGUGUGUUGUUGUCAGUGGCGUUGUUUCAGUGCAUGGUGUAAUGUUUUGUUCCCCCUUUUCGUUGUCGGGUUUUCGAUUAUCUUGACGGGUUUUCUGUGUGCUACAGUAUGUAUUGCUGUGCGUAUAACGUGCAGUAGUGGCAAAAGUGGGGAGUGCAACGUGUGUGGGUACCGUGGUGUCAUUGUACAGAAGGGCCUCCGGUCGAUUGAAGCAAUCAAGCAUACACGAGAAACAAGCCGGUGCGCAUGGCCCAAACUUCCUGUCCCGCCCCAGGAAGGCGCCAUAUACACAUACCAAGAUGUUUUUUUUUUUUUUUCAUGAGUAUCUUCGUUCUUCUCUACUCAAGCCCCGCCGAUACAAUGAAAAAAAAAAGAGGUACAGGGUGUUUUGAGUUCGUGGUUGCCGAAAUAUUAGAUCAAAAUUUAUCAUCCCCCCCCCCCCGAAAUGCCUUAAAAAUCCUAUACGAAAACCACAAAAUUCCAGGAACGCCUCAAAUCGAUUUGGUCCCUGAACAACUCUUGUGGCAAAUAGGAUGUAGAUCACUACUAAAAAAAAAAAAUUGAAAAAAGUGAAAAACUCGUGAAGUUAUGGCCGGUCA